AACAUUACUACAUUUCAAGAGUUUUCAGUCUGAGUUCAGUGUUUAUAAGGAGCUCCCACCUGUUCCAGGUAUUCAUUUCAGGUCGAGCAUUCGAGGUGGCAGGAUCUCCCCUCUUGGACUUAUAAAUUAUUUAUUCAUUCAUUUUCAUUCAAAUGGAUACACCUUUGUAACAGUGGACUAUUGUAAACUACUAGUGUUAUAUAUUUGGAUUAUCAUUUAUCAUUUAUUCUGACAACAUGUGGCUUGAAUUAGGAGAGUGUAUUGAGGACUUUGAAGUCCAUGAACUCCUCGGGAAAGGAGGGUUCGCCUGUGUGUACAGAGCAAGGUCCAUCAGGACAGGCCAAGAAGUCGCGAUCAAAAUGAUCGACAAGAAGUUGAUGCGAGCAGCAAACAUGGUCGAAAGAGUAAAGAAGGAAGUGGAAAUUCACUCCAGAUUAAAACACCCGUCCAUCUUGGAGUUGUACAGCUACUUCGAAGAUGCCAAUUACGUCUAUCUUGUCCUGGAGCUUUGCCACAACGGAGAGCUCUACCGAUACUUGAAGACGUACAAGACGACGUUUUCAGAAGACAAGGCGCGUCACUUCCUCAACCAGAUCGUUCAGGGGAUGCUCUAUCUCCACUCGCACAGAAUCUUACAUCGUGAUCUCACUCUUGCCAACCUCCUCCUCACAAAAGACAACGAAAUUAAAAUUGCUGAUUUUGGUUUGGCAACACAAUUAGAAGUCCCAGAUGAGCAACAUUUCACAAUGUGUGGAACACCAAAUUAUAUCUCACCGGAAAUUGCACUCAGAAACGCCCAUGGUUUAGAAGCUGACGUCUGGUCCUUAGGAUGCAUGCUGUACACAUUUUUAGUCGGGAAACCACCAUUCGAUACCCAUGCCGUCAAGAGCACGCUCACAAAAGUCAUAUCGGCAAGUUACGACAUCCCUUCAACCAUGUCUCCAGAUGCCGUUCACCUGAUUGCUAACUUAUUGAAGAAGAACCCUAAGGAAAGAUUGAGUUUAGUCGCCGUGAUGGAACAUCCAUUCAUGUCCAAGAAAGAUAACAACCAUAACACGUACCCACAGAAAUUACGCGAUGAGUCCGUCGAUAGCGGUCACGAUACGAUGGCGACUAUCGCUAGCCGCAAUAGCCGAAUCAGGCCGCAGAAAACAGCGGAGAAUGACUUGGCUCCCGUUAAAGAAUCUAAACAAGUCUCGAGCCACUCAUGCAGCAGCGAAGACCGUCCAGUAUCAAGAAGACGCUACUCACAAUCGCCACCAGUUAGGGACAGUAUGGACCAGUCUGUUUCAUCCCAACACAGUCGCCACGGUAGCCGACAUACGUCAUCAGGAUCCUCAGUCUUCCGGUCAGGAGUCGGUUCCGGUAUGGAAUGCUCAACGUCCGGUCUAAGUCACAACCACAGCCAACAUUGCACGAGAAAACACAGCAUCAAUCGCUCACAUUCGAGUCGGACACUGGACGAACGAGACUUGUACCACAAGCGCAGCCGAGUAAACAGUCAAAACGAUUGGGUGUUGAAGGAUUUCAAUCCUGCUUCCUACGAAGAUGGGCAUAAGAGUAGCUGUGAUAAUCUAUCACAUCCAUUCAAGGGACGUUCUCAUAGUGCGUGCAGUUGCCAACGGUCGGCAAGUUUGCACACAUCGCGCACGGCAAGCGAAGAAGGACGUUUGUUUUCAUCACACUCAGAAGGACAGAGGUCGCGGUUAUCACGACAAGAUCGCGCACGCCAUAGUUGUCACUCCGACAGGAAACCUAGCGCUGGUUCAUAUCAUUUCCGUGAGAGCAGCCAUGACAGUAACACCAAUACGAACUCUAGUCGUCUAAGCCGCAGUGAUUCAGACAAUUUACUCAGCCGUAACCUGAGUCGGGAACGGUUACAGAGUGACAAGAGCAUCGGAAACGUCUCGACGGCAUCAAGUCACCACAGUCGUCAUGAGCAUAGCAUCAACAAGAGCUCGCUUAGUAUGAACAAGAGUGUUCACAGCUCGCAGGAAAAGAUUGUCGAGAGUAAGAAGCUGAUUGACGUCGUCCCCAAGUUGAGCUCGGCAAGACUCCGACCGGUCAACCAGAAGACGAGAAUUGCUUUGGUCUACAUCUUAGAAGACGGUGAGGUUUGCCUUGAAUUUCUCGACACGAAAAGCUCCCAGGAAAAAAUCAAAGAAAUCGUGCGGAUCACUCCAGAUGGCGACAAGAUCUCCAUCUUCCAACCGAAAACCAAAAGCAAGAAAGCGUCAAAGGACCAGGCCAAUAGCACACUCGAAUUCACCUAUGAUACCCUCCCCGAGAAAUACUGGAAGAAGUAUCAAUACGCCCACCGAUUCGUCAACUUGGUGCGAUCCAGCACACCGAAAGUCACCGUCUACACGGAGCGUGCAAAGUGCAUGUUGAUGGAGAACACGCCCAACGCCGACUUCGAAGUGGCGUUCCACGACGGCGCUAAGUUCAAGCGGAUGAAUGAGGAGACGAAAAUGAUCCAGAAGGAUGGUACCACGCUGACUUUACAGAAUAACGGCAGCACGCAGCAUCUUUCGCCAGAAUCCCAAGAACUUUUGGAAUACGUCGAACAGUGCCAUGACCAUUGCUUGGAGCUUGAAUCCUGUGUGUCAAGUCUUGAUACUCGGCCAGGGCAACCCUGCUUCCCGCUGUUGAUCGGACGUGGGCCUAAGAAGGGCGGCAAGCCAAUCAUGACAUCGCCGAAACCAGUCAUCAAAGUCCAUGAAGACGACCUCCCAAAUAGCGUGUCGCCACCUAAAGUGAAACAUAUCAACCAGAUGUCAGCGCCUUCAAGCCCUUCUGACGAUAUCGCACACAUCAAAGCCAUGAAUGCAGCUGCUGAGAAGAAACAGAGGAUCCUCGACCAGGAAAACAUCAUCCCGGACCUCGAAUCCAAAGUUUCAAGACAGCCCGUGAAAACAUCGCCGCGUCCUGGUAUCCUGCGUAAUGUGUUCGUGCAGGGAAUCGGAUGGGCGUCCCAGUAUUCCAACGGAGAGGUCCUGGUCCAGUUUAACGAUGGCACCCAGCUCAGCGUGGUCACUGUCGACUCAUCAUUCACAUCGAUCACUUACACCGAUUCCAACGGCACAGCAUCUAGAUACAGCAAUUCAGAUAUUUUACCAGUUAUCGUAAAAGAGAAACUCGGUCGCCUACCGAACGUCAUCACGAAGCUCACAGCGCAGAACCAACCCACGGAAUCCGCCAACAAAAUCCGAAUGAUGAUGCGAUGAAGGAAAUGCUCGACGCUAACCAAAUCACUGCUGUGCUGAAACUGCUGAUCUAGAUGCCAUGUUUAAGUUUGCUAUUUCUUCCUUUGUAAAUAUCUUUUAAUCAUAUUAGUGAUAUGCAUUUAAUAUAUAGACAAUAAUUAAUUAUCUGAUUCAAUAAUCCAUUAGGUAAAGGCAUUUAUUAAAAUUGUAUAAUUGGCUUUUUGACUGAGGUGAUGUCAAAAGCUGAAGGCGUUGUACUUAAUCUGGUUUUUAGGACCGAAUCAAUGUAAUUUUCGUUGAGUGCUGAAAGGUAGUAACUGAUAUGGAUUUUGAAAUGUUUGCUCACUGCCAGAAUCAUGACGUGUUUGAAACAAUUUGUGGAUGUAAAUAUUGUGUACAGUAGAAAAUUAACAAAGUUGUGCUAAGGUUAUAUGGAGGUGAUUCCGAACGCCAAAACCCAUGGGAAUGUUUGAAAUUCAAAAUUUGAAACAAACAUUUCCUGUUAUGAUUGUGUACUUAGCACGGGUAAAUGUGCAUGUACAUACGCAUGGCUUCAAGAUGUAUAUUAGUGUAAAUUUUUAGUUCAAUUAAGUUACCCAAGAAUUCUUACUGCUGAAUCGUACGAAAGAAUAAAUGGACAUAAAUCAACAUAAAGCUGGUCGUCGGCACAUUUGAAAAUGCCUUGUAAAUUUGUAAAAAAUAUGCCACAGUAUAUAACACUGCUCCUUGAGAAGUUUGUUAAGAAUUAAUUAUCUAAAAUCAGAUAGUGUACAGUGCAAAGCCAAAAUUAUUUUUGUAGAUUGUUUAAUUUUUUAAUCAUAAAACUGUUAUUUAAUUAUUUGUAUGAUUCUGCUUCCGUAGAAAAACGUCUGCGUCGGUGUAAUUGGACUGAUGCGGGGUAUGCUUAGGCGCGUCGAAGUACACUGUGUACAAUCUAGGCUUUGGAGAAAUUUUCAGAAAUCUUGAAAAAUUUUCAGAAAUCUUUGCAAAACUUCAUGUAUAAUUUUCCUUGCACUUUCAAAGUGCGUUUUGAGGAAUAUGAGAUCAAAUUGAAAAUGGGCAUUUGAACUUCAACCUCAUUGCAUCAGUUUGGUCAAAUCUGUCGCAAUAUUUUGCUAAAAGCGCCAUUCUAGUGCGUAACUCUUCCUGUAUGUUUUCCUGUUCGGUUCAUUGUCAAGUUACAGUCGACCGUGUCCAUUUUCCCACAUUCCUGAUUCCGCCCCCUUAGUCUGGUGGGGCGGGUCCCCGCGGGCUUCAUAACGUGUUUAAAAAACAAGCUGUAAAUUUUUGUAAACCUUCCAGUAAGUUUUUGAUUAGGAGAUGUUUUAUUGAUAUAUUGUUUUAUGAUUUACGUUUUAAGCAAGACACAAUUUUAGAAAUGAAAUGCUAUGAAAUUCUGAGGAAAUUUCGUUCACACUCUUCUUCUUUGUAUUUUGAAUCAAUUUACUGGUUGAAUUGAGAAAUUUUCGCUUUCGUUUUCGAACUUGCAAAGAAGAGUAUUCAAUUCAAAAAUUGAUUAGUAAUCAAUACUCAAUUAGUUAAUUAGUGUGAACUUAAUCAUAUGAAUGUCAUGAUUUCAGUGACAAAAUAAUCACUUGUUUUCGACUGUCAGAAUCUGACUGACCGUUUGAAUUCGGCGGGAGUGCAAAGAACGUGGGAAAAUGCAGCUAGUUCAGAGUCGACUUGACCUCCAGAUGAUUAUGAAUGGAUACAUAUUUUUCUUUUUGUUGGUGAUUCUUGACUGUGUCAUACAGGCAAGAAUGUCUUUCACGGCACAGGUUCCAACCAAGUUAGAAUAAUACACAGUAAACGUGUACACAAUCAACUGCGCAGUGUAUUCAUAUUUUGUUUAAUUUGACUUGGUACAGAGUUUUUGCAAUCAAAGACACGAAGACCUGACUGUGAUGGUUGACAAAGCCGCAGAUAUUUCCCGAUUGUCAUCUGAAUCUUAGAUGCUGCUCAUCUUUUUGUGAAAACAACAAUGGGUUUCCGAGGCACUGAACUCUCUGGUGAACGAAACAGGUUGUUGUUUGUGUACAGUCUACAUUCGAGCACAAUACAAUAAUAAUUUUUUUCGGGACACCAUUAGAGUUAUGAUUCUUCGCUUGAGUGCUGAUCUGACGAUAUUGAAAUAGUUUAUAAGUUUUUGCGGCAUUGAAAACCUGUGUAAAGUCAAGUUUAACAGUCUGAUCAGAAACAUUUGAAUGGCAAUGAAAGUUUAUUACUGGAGGAAAGAGCAUGAAGUCAUUCUAAAAAAGGGUGAUUCUAAAAAUAUAAUUUUUUUUUCUAGAACCUUCAGAUGUAGCCCGAUUUCUUGACAUAGUAAACAAAUCUAAUGAAUUAUGUGUUCGUUGAAAUCAUGUAUAAAUCUCUUUGCAAGAUUAUCUGAUGCAAAUUUUGUAUAAUCAUGGUAUGGUAGAAAAUCCGUUUCAGAAUGGUUUGAAACCAUUUAUGUAUCAAUCAUCUAUUUCCUUAAUUUCAUGAAGACAUGUGUCUUUAAAUCUUUUUGUAGAAUUUUGAGAGAGAACUUUGUAAGACAAUUCUAUCCAUGUGCUUGUAUAUCUACUGUGUAAGUGAAUUUGUAUGAAGUCAUUGAAUGAAUUUAUGCGUGAAAUUGUAUGAUAGUGGGCAUGCGUGAAUUUGUAUGAGUGUGAAUUUGAAAAAUUGUAUGAGUGUGUUUGUGAUAAAGAUAUACUUGUAUGGUGAAAAACAUAUCCAAAAAAUGUUGGGGGUAACCACACACAAAGUUUUUUAACCUGUUCCAGUCUUGUGUGUAUAAUCAUAUUUGGUGCAGGCUGCCAAAUUGUGGUCACUGGCCAUUAGUACAGGUGUUUCAACUCAAGUUGCAUGAACCCUCAAGUGUAUUAUUGUGUACAAGUGAUACAAAAUGGACUGUGAAGUUCUCCAGCUGUUUUUGAAACUGACCAUAACUAAUUGUGUCUUUGACACUAUUGUCACAACUAUGUGCUAUUUGUCUUCAAAGUUCUCUUCAAUUAUCUUUUGUUUGUCUCCAUUGCCCCAAGGUUGUACAUAUUGUAUUUGGACUGUAGAAUAAAAGUGUGAAAAUCUAUUGAAAUUGGAA